CUCACCCACUCCAUACAGUAUGAAGCUUCCAGACGCGAUCUCUCACUACUUUUGAAACAAGUACCUUUCGCCAUACGUGAACAGUGCGGACCGAAAUUAGCAUCACUAUUGCGUUACUCCGUUAUCUAUGAUCAACGUGAUAAUCCAGUUUUCCCCACGCAAGGCCUUAUGGUGAAAUCGGUUAAUGAAUAUUGUGGUUUGGGUGGCAAUGUUGCCUAUAUGAGUAAUACAACACAUGCUGAGAUAAGUAUACCGUUAGUUGCGGGUCUAGUAGCGCAAAUUUGUGGACGUGUUGGUAUUAUAAAAGAGACGAAAAAUACCACUUUACUACCUAUUAGCAAUUUAUACUAUUGUGGUGGUCCAUUGACUUUGCGUGGCUUCAAAUAUGGUGGCGCUGGCCCGAUGGUAGAGGGUACAUCGAUUGGUGCACAGACUCACUGGGCUACUGGCUUUCAUCUCUGGGGUCCAUUGCCAUUCAAUCAUGUAUUCAAGGGUUUGGCUAAUAAUUUCCGUACACAUUUAUUCUAUAAUUGUGGCGGUUUCAAUUCGUUUUCGACGGAAAAUAUGCGCAGCGCUCUUGGUGUUGGCUUGGCAUUUAAAUUGGCCGAACGUGCACGCAUCGAAAUGAAUUAUUGUAUACCCGUACGAAAAUAUGCGACCGACAAGCCAGUGAAUGGUUUUCAAUUUGGUAUUGGCUAUGAAUUUGUCUAAAAAAAAACAAAUUUUGUUUGCAUUCGUUGGGAACUUGAUGAAUUGGUGGCUGCGCUGAAGGCGCUUUAGCGUGUUUGUAUGAGUCGUAGUAGUAGUAGUGGUGCGGCGAGUGAAUUCCCAAUGUGAAGAAUACCCAAACUAAUAUGCUCUCAACCACAUGUACACACAUACAUAUACUACAUAAAGAGCAGCAACUCUGUUGUCAUCAUUGCAUUCAAAUCAUUUUCACUUUGUCGUUUAUAUUAUCGCUGCUGUUAUUAUUAGUUUUUCUUGUUGUCAAAGACAUUAAUUGUUUAAUGUUCAUUAUUAUUAUUAUUAUUAUGGUAAUUGUAAGUUAAAUAUUAAAUCAGCCAGACAAGUCACACAUGCAUACAGAUAGGCAUGUGCAUGUGAAAGAAGGCAAGGCAAAGCAAAGCGAUGCUAAUAAAAUACAUACAAAUAUAUAUGCAAAAUACUUAAAGCGAAUACAAAUGAACUUAAAAAUUACAAAUAUGCGAAAAAUAUAUAAGCAGAUAUGUUAAAAUAAUAGAUAUAAA